CAACGGAAAUUACAGUGAUAUUUCUAAGUGUUUUAGUUCUAGUGAAAGUACAAAAAUAGAAUUUCAAAAUGCUCUCGCCAGAAAAAUUCAUUUCGAAAAUAAAGCCAGCAUGUGAGGCGUUCCUCAGAUCCUCCACCAGAGAAAAUCUACAUAGAUUACGCAAAGAGAUGGAAGAGGUGGAAGAUUGCACGAUUGAUAGAUUCCAAUCCUACAUCCUUUUUCCGUUAACAAUGAGAAUGGAUGAAAUUCAGGAACGAAGUAGUGGAGUGAAAUUAGAACUGAUAGCCACCAUAGACUACAUAAUAAAUCGAGUGAAAAUAAGGGAGAAGAACGCCAUAAAAACGAUCCUUGUAAUUUCGUUGAAGCAAGUCUAUGACUUCGAAAGUGGUCACAUCAACGAAAGUUCAUCUGAGGAUUUGAAACUUGCAAUGAUAAGCGUAUUGUCCAGUACAUUGCGCAGAUCAUCUUAUGAUACACUGGAAAGCUUCUACACGAAGGAGAACGCUGGGUUCAUUGGGAAGAUUGCCGUGGCCUGUGUAGAACUCAUCGACAAGGAAAGAUACAAAAAGUUAAGAAUUGCGGCUAUGGAAUGUCUGAUGAGCGCAUUUUAUGUGUACGACGCGGCUGAUUUUUCGGAUAUUGUUAUGAGGCAUGCCGUCGCUAAUAUCGUUUUUGCAUUUCUUCCGAAAAUCAUUUCGACUUUAGUAUUAGUGGCUACUGGUGAUGAAAUUCAAGGACAGCAAGUAAUAAAGACGGCAAUCAAAACUGCCGGUCGUAUACUCUGUCUCAUAUUCGAGGACUAUAACAAAGAUCAGAAUGAAACCGAACUUCAGGUGAAUGACUUCCUUCAACUAGUUAAGGCAGCUUCAACGUCGGGUGAAGAUUCAUCACCAUCACAAUCGGAUGAUGAAGUUCUGGCGAUGAAUCUUCAAUCAAAACCAAUGGAAGAACGCUUGAAAACCUUGCAAACAUUGGAACGGAGUAAUGCAUGGCUUGGUGCAUCAUCACGAAAACUUCGGAAAACUCUUAGAGGCAUGGACAGAAUACGGGCAAGCUCAUCGAAUCAAGUUCGUGAAGAAUUUGCAACAAUGUGUUGCACAUUAAUUGAAAAAUGUUACAAACAUUUGAACGCAAAUUUUAAUAUAUUCUUGGAGAAUGUUUUUGCCCUAUCGCAAGAUGAAGACCAAAGAAUUCGUGCUAUAUGUGUAGAUUUCCUUGGAAGAGUGAAUAAAGAUCCAGUGUUGUCGCCCAUAUUAUCUGCAAGUGUUGAUGAAUUAUUGCAGAUGCAUUUAGUAAAGUUACCACGAGUUAUAAACCGAUGGGACGACACUGAACAACUAACCGAAUUCCUAUUUUGGAAAGGCUUAGUCGACAAUACAUCAGAUGAUAUAUUGGCAGCUGCCUUUACUGUCGAUAAGAAAUGUAAACAAUUCUGUGACUGCCUCUUUCAGGCCUUAGAACUUAAAUUGGACAAUGAAUUGUUGAAGGAAGAAUACGCAAUCAGAGAUGUUGAAGAAGAUAUAAACGAGGUGAAGCCAUUUUAUUGGAGAAGAUUCGAAAAAAUUAACGAUGAAAGGGUUAUUGCUUUGAUCAAGGACAUAGUUUCGGCUUUGGGGCAGAUGCAAAAAGUUGGGAGUAUGCUUAUUAAUCAUUUAUGGAAAAUUUUAGAACAUGAUUUACCAGAUAUAAAUGAAGUUAUUUUGAUCUAUGUUUUCUUGCUAAAUGAUUUUCUGCCUUAUGACCCUCACCUUGAAAAUCACAUCUUCACCUUGCAAGAACUUUUGGAAGAGCGUCGAUGGAAUUUGGAGUUACGAGCGAAUGAAAUGCCCCGACUACCAUUGAAAAACAACACGUGUUGGUAUGUUGAACGUACACCUGGACUUUAUGAAUCCGCGGUCGAGAUUCGGACACAAGAUGUGAGUGAUAGAGACUAUGAUGGAGAUGUAGAUGACGAUGAUUUUGUAAAUAUCGUUAAUGCACAGUUCAAUGUUCUUCAUACCUGCCUUUUGUUGGACGCUAUUGGUCAUCUGACAUCAUUAGUAAAAUACGGGCUGUACGAUAAUUUGCCUAGGAGCGUCCAUAGAAUCCUAGAGAAAGCAAGUAGCAGUAACUUCAUGGUACAUGAAGCGGCCAUGUAUGCACUCAAAUGCAUAGCGAAAGGAUUAAAUUUGGAAUCGAUACCUGCUGUAAUUCGAGAAUUCCGAAAUUUUAUUACAUAUUUUACCAAUCUUGCUCUUAAAAAGAAAGACGAUAACAAAACAGCGUUCGACAUACUCAGUACAGUUCUGCGCUACGGCACGUUUGAAUCCAUUUCAUAUUUAGAAAAUGUGAUAAUUACAAUAAUCGAGGAGGCCUCCCGGAAACAUCUAGCAACAAAGUAUGAAUCAUUUUUAAAGGUCUUUCACAUGUUUCUGGUGAACCUAGGAAAGUGGAUCAAAAAACUCAAGAAAAAUGAAUCAAUGAAAUUCGUCUCAGAAAAUGAAGAAAAUUGGCAACAAAUGGAAGAACAAAUAGACUUAUACGAUCAGUGGGUGGAAAUCCUGAACAAACAAUUUGAUGAAUACGAUGACCCUGCCGGAUCCGAAGAAUAUGAUUCCGACACACCCCUCAAUAAAAUCCGAAGAGAAGGGGAAGCUCCGUACGAUAUCGAGGAACAAGAACAGCUAGUAUCUAAGAAAACACUGCCAAAGCAUAUAGAAAUUGUGACAAAAAUACUCAAACAAGUUUUGAAAUCUAUUUCAUCCAAAAACCACAUGCAGAAGAUCAUUUCACUUGAUUGUCUCGUUGCUGGUUUGCCACUUUUGAAAGAUUACGAGGACGAACUGUUGCCAAUUUGCCAUUUAAUUUGGCAACCUUUCGUCCAGAAGUUUAAAGAGAAAAAUGCAAAUGUAUUAAGUCGGUGUUUGACGCUACUACAAGUUCUUGCAAUUCACGCCAAGGAUUUUCUAUUAUCACGAACGACUAAGGAUGUUCUUCCAGUUCUUACCGAUUUUCUCCGCGAGUCCUCCAAGAACACCUUAUCAAAAGCAUUCAUUUCGCGGACUCAAGAAUUCAAAUUACAAGUGAAGUUACUGAGAGAAUAUCCAAUCGUAAUUGUAAAUAUGAACAUCAACGAAAAAGAGGUUGAUAGAAUCUCUGAAGCAGUGUUGUUGUACAUGAACAAGAACCAACCGAAGCAACUGCAAAAGGCCGCAAUCGAUUACUUCCAAGAAGUGUCUUCUUACAAUUGCCCAGCAGUUUAUAUUAAAAUGCUAGCCCAUGAAUCAGAUGCUGAUAAGAAAGUGAAUGUCCGUAAAGUCCUUGAUUUCAUCAUGCGCAAAUAAAUGUUAUCCGCCGUGUAUAAAGAUUAUUUUAAUAAAUAAUGUAAGUAAAAAAUUUCAAAA